AUGCAUCUUCAACCACCCUUUGGGUCUGGUACACCAGUCCCCGAUAACAACACGAUGAAGGAAGAGGAGGUGGUGGGCGACGCUCCGAAGCGCAUGGCCAUUAUCGGCAUGGCCUGUCGUCUUCCGGGACAGGUUUCCACGGCCGACGAUCUAUGGGAUUUAUGUUCAAGAGGAAAAAGCCCUUGGUCGGAGGUGCCUAAGGGCCGAUUCAACACGCAUUCAUUCUAUCACCCGAAUCCAGACCGACCCGGCUCAUACAACGCGCAAGGCGCCCACUUCUUGAAGGAAGAUGUUGGGCUAUUCGAUGCCCCGUUCUUCAAUAUCACCCUUCAAGAAGCGCGCACAAUGGACCCGCAACAGCGCAUCCUCCUUGAAUGCACAUAUGAAGCGCUCGAGAACGCAGGUGUCCCGGUAACCUCGAUCGCGGGUGGAAAUGUGGGUGUGUUCGCAGGUGCAUCCUAUCCAGAUUAUGACGCCAACAAUUGUAUGGAUAUCGACUCGAUCCCGAUGUAUGCGGGCACUGGAUGUGCAGGUGCUUUGCAGUCAAACCGCAUUUCAUACUAUUUCGACUUCCACGGACCCAGCAUUACUGUCGAUACUGCGUGUUCCUCUAGUUUGGCAGCUUUGCAUUUGGCCAGCCAGAGUAUUCGAAAUGGAGAUUGUAGCAUGGCGAUUGUUGCGGGGUGUCACUUGAAUUUGCUGCCUCAGGCAUUCGUUAUCAUGACGCGGGCCAGAUUGCUUGCCGAUUCCGGAAGAUCGUAUGCGUUCGAUGACCGGGCCAGUGGAUUUGGCCGCGGAGAAGGCGCAGGUUGUAUUAUAUUGAAAUCAUUGGAGGAUGCCGAAGCUGCCGGCGAUGCUAUCCGUUCGGUACUCGUGAACAGCGGUACAAACCAAGAUGGCCGAACGCGUGGUAUUACCAUGCCGAACAGCGAGGCACAGGAGAAAUUGAUACGCGACAUUUACAAAGCUGCACAUAUCGAUCCAUUUUUGACCGGCUAUGUGGAAGCUCAUGGCACCGGUACCAAAGUUGGAGACCCUCUGGAGGCUAGGGCGUUGAAUGCAGUCUUUGGAAAAGGACGCACCCCAAAACAACCACUGUUUGUUGGCUCUCUGAAGUCCAAUGUGGGGCAUCUGGAAGGGUCCAGCGGUAUUGUGUCCGUGAUCAAGACGACAUUAAUGCUGGAACGUGGUUUCGUGCUUCCCAAUGCGAACUUCGAAAACCCGAAUGAGGAGAUUCCCAUGGAUAAGUGGAACAUGAAGAUUCCGAAGAAGCUCGUUCCUUGGCCGAGAGGCAAGACCUACGCUAGCGUGAAUAACUUUGGAUUUGGCGGGUCAAAUGCCCAUGUUAUUCUUGAGCGCGGUCCUGUAAAUGGUGGUGAAGGAGCUGUAAAUGAAGACCCUCUCACGCGGAGGGUGUAUGUAUUAUCUGGUUACGACAAACAGGCAGCGGCGAAGUUGGGCGAUGAAAUCGGCUCGUACUUGCAUCGCCACCCCCCAAUUUUCACCGAUAGACUGAUAGACAACAUGGCCUACACAUUGGGCCAGCGCCGAACCCACUUCAAUUGGCGCAUGGCUGUCUCAGCUUCCAAUCACACAGAAUUAAUUGAUUUCUUGGCAACUGCCAAGGAACCUGUUCGUUCUACAGGAGAGCCCACAGUCGGCUUUGUCUUUACUGGCCAAGGCGCACAGUGGCAUGGAAUGGGCAAGGAGCUCCUCAAAGAGUACCCGGUCUUCCAAAAGACCAUGCAGGAUUUCGAUAUCUGCUUGAAAACUCUUGGUGCUACAUUCUCGAUCAUUGAUGAACUUGAACUGGAGGAUCCGAAUGCAAGCUCCAUUUCUGCGGCGUAUAUGAGUCAACCAGCGUGUACUGCGGUCCAGCUGGCUUUGGUAGACUUAUUGUCGUCAUGGGGUAUCCAUCCCAACGCAGUUGUUGGCCACUCUAGUGGUGAAAUCGCUGCGGCUUAUGCUGCCAAUAUCUUGACACUCGAAGAAUGUGCGCGCAUUGCAUACUGUCGAGGUGUCGCAGCUGAUCUGGUUGCAAAGGAUACAGCUGUCCAAGGUGCUAUGUUAGCGGUUGGAGCAAAUGCCGGAGAGAUCCAGCAGAUCCUGGACGCGAUGAGAGGACAGAGAGCUGUAAUUGCAUGUGUCAACAGUGACUCCAGCGUCACAUUGUCCGGUGACAGAGAUGUCAUUACUGAUCUACAGACUGCUCUCGAUAAAGAAGGAAUUUUCACACGGAAGCUCCUUGUCGAUGUUGCGUAUCAUUCCCACCACAUGCAAACAGUCUCGCAACAAUAUCGGUCUUUACUUGGAAAGAUUUCCCCUCGCCUAUCGGAGAUUCCAUUCCACUCAACUGUUCAUGGAAAACUGGUGCCAGGAACUGCACUAGAUGCUUCAUAUUGGGUUGAAAAUCUGGUUUCCCGUGUAGAGUUUGUGAAGGGAGUCCAGAGUCUUCUCACUACAACUUCGCCGGGCGGUAAAAUUGAUACCCUCGUUGAAGUUGGUCCUCAUCCCGCUCUUCAGAAUCCUGUGAAGGACAUCGUCAAACUACAUGACGCAAAACGCACAAUGCACUUUGCACAUACCCUUCAGCGCAAGUUGACCGGAGUAGAAGCCAUUCAACAGCUCGCGGUAGCAAUGUUCAACCGCGGGUUGAAUCUGAACUUCCAAGAAGUCAACUUCCCCGACAAAACCUCCAGAAAGCCCCAGGUUCUGACGAAUCUUCCAACAUACCCCUGGAAUCAUUCCGAGAGCUACUGGUUUACCUCUCGGGUAUCCAAGAACAUUCUUCAUUCGCCAUUCCCACGAAACGACAUCCUCGGUACAAUCUGUUUGGACAAUAUUGACCUCGAGCCUCGAUGGAGAAACACUGUUCGUGCAGACGACCAUCCUUGGAUCCGACAACAUAGGGUUCAGGAAAACAAUGUUUAUCCCAUGACUGGAUACUUGUCAAUGGCAAUGGAAGCGAUGGCUCAGCAAGCACAUCUGCAUCACGUGGUGCCAGACAAGGUUGAACUUCGAGAUGUUUCUCUCAACCGUGUCCUCAUGAUUCCUGACACCGGGUCUGUGGAGACUAUGUUCACCUUGCGGCCAUCUCGGGCGGAUUCCGGAAGAUCUAUUCUCGGCUGGCACGAGUUCAAAGUCUUUUCUUGGGCAGAGGGCCGUGGCUGGGACCAACACUGCACAGGUCAUGUGAUGGUUCAUGAAAAGAAGGAUGUCAAUCCAGUCAAUGGCUCGCGCCAACAGAGUAUUACACGGAGUGAAAUUGCGCGGAUGAUUUCUGAGCUACAAUCUCUAUGCUCUACAAAAAUUGACCCGGAUGUUCUUUACAAUGAUAUCAGAAGCGGUGGUGUCGACUACGGCAAGCUUUUUGAAGGGCUGUCCAGGAUUUCCGUAGGUCCGAAUAACCAAGCAUUGGCUAGCUUUGAGGUCCCAGAUACAAAGACCUGGAUGCCUAAUGGCCACGAGACCGACUUAAUUGCCCACCCAGCAACGCUUGAUCUAUGUUGCCAGAUCAUGUGGCCUAUGCUCGGAUUUGGCCAGCCAGGUCUCAAGCAAACACACGUUCCAUCCCACCUUGACCGUGUAACACUGUCUUUGGAUCGAAAACUUAGCGCCGGUACCGCCUUGCAGCUCUUUGGCGCUAGCUUGGUAGUUGAAACUCCUGCCACUCAGGGCGCCAACCGGAUAAUUGCUACCAGCGCAGAAAACUCCUCGGAGGUCAUUCUAGACAUGGAUGGAAUCACCCUGGUUCCGCUUUCAAAUGACAUGCCCGGUAGCAAAACCAAUGCCCCGGAGCCAAUUUGCUACAAGAUACAUUGGGAGCCUUGCUUUGACUUCCUUUCGAGGGAAAGUUAUCGACAAAUUCCUCGUGCCCAGGUCGAUGAUGGGAAGGGGGGACUGAGGACCCAAAUGUUGGAAACCAUGUCAGUUCACUGGCUUCGCCAGGUCUUGAAAGCUGUGCCCGAAGCAGAGUUCCCUCAGCUUCAAAGUCAUCACCAAAAGUUUUACCGCUGGGCUCAAAAGACAUGCGAAGCCGCACCUCCUUAUGAUAUUACCCCUGAGCUCAUCGAGCAGGUGCGAAACUCUAACGCCGCUGGCCGGCUUGCAUGCUACGUUGGCGAGCGUCUGCCUGAAAUUCUCCGAGGAAAGCUUGAUGCGCUUGCGCUCAUGUUGGAAGACGACAUGCUGGGAGAGAAUUACAAAGCCCUCGACAGUCUUCGUCAGUCUUAUGCUCAUGCAUCAGUCUGCAUCGACAAAAUGGCCCACCAGAAUCCCAACCUGAACAUUCUCGAGAUUGGCGCGGGAACUGGAGGUGCAACUUUGCCAAUUCUGGAAAGUCUUGGUGGGCGCGAGCCAGGUUCCACGCCUAGAUUUGGUCACUACACUUACACCGAUAUCUCACCUGGAUUCUUUGAAAAGGCCAAGGCUCAAUUCGAACCUUGGGCUCAUCUCAUGACAUACCAAACUCUGGAUGUCUCAGCCGACCCGCUCUCUCAAGGAUGCAAGCCUGAAACCUUCGACCUUGUUGUGGCGUGUAAUGUGUUGCAUGCGACUCCUAACAUGAAUGAGACCAUGUCCAACAUCCGAACUCUCAUGAAGCCAGGUGGCAAGCUCCUACUGAUUGAGGAGACCAGAUCGUCAGGCAUUCAUUUCCCAUUUGCUCUUCUUACUGGAUGGUGGUUGGCCAACGAGAAGAUUCGGCAGGACGGACCUCUUCUUACGGAAGAGGGAUGGUCCAAUGUGAUGAAAGCGAAUGAUUUUACCGGCGUCGAAUUUUCCGUGGAAACAUACCCAGGAGCAUCCUACCAGACCGGAUCUGUCAUGGUGUCAACAGCGAAGACACCAAAAGCAGGCCCCUCGAACCCUGGAGAUAUUGUGAUCAUCGGCAGUGACUCACUGGGUAGUGUUUCAUCUUUGAGCCUCGAAAAUGGCUUGAAAGAGCUUACAGAUGUUGUACCAACCACUGUUUCGGAUCUUGGCACAGCAGAUGUCACAGACAAGUGGUGCAUCUUCCUGGGUGGCAUGGACCGCAGCAUUCUGUCGCAUCUUACUUCACAAAAAUUCAAGGAGAUCCAGCGGCUUAUCGGUGGUGCCAGAGGCCUACUGUGGCCUGUUCGUCACACAAAGUCCGACCCACAGUCACUUGGCUCCAACAUGGCUAUUGGUCUGGCAAGAACUGUUCGCUCUGAGACAGGCCUUCAGUUUGCGACACUUGACUUGGGAGAGAGGGAGAAUGUUCCUGACGCGGAGGCUGUGAACCACAUGUUGAAGGUCUUUGACUCCGUUUUCUGUCACAAAUCUCAACUCAACCAGGGCGAUAUGGAGUUUGUCAUUCGCGAUGGCCAUGUAUCUCUGCCCCGUCUGCUCGACAACCACGUUCUCAAUUCGAGCGUUCAACUUGAUACAUCGGAUGCGCCUCCACAAAUGCAGCUCUUCAAGCAAGAAAGAGCACUUCGACUUACUGCUGGACAGGGUCGUGUGCUUGAUGAGCUGCAUUUCACUGACGAUGUGUCGCAUGAUGGGCCGCUCCCCGAUGAUUACAUCGAGAUUCGUGUUCAAGCAGCUGGACUCAACUUCCGCGAUGUCUUGCUUGCUAUUGGCCAACUCCCGGGCGACAAGCUUGGGCAAGAGUGUAGUGGAAUUGUGUCCAAGGUUGGAGCUGCCGUGAGAGACUUUAGCGUGGGUGAUCGUGUCGCGGCUUUGUCCCCUCGAUCACUUGCAACAUUCACCCGCUGUCAUUCCUCAUGGGCGUGGGUGAUCCCAUAUGAUAUGUCUUGGCAGCUUGCAGCAUCAAUUCCGGCUGUUUUCUGCACAGCAUUCUACUCUCUGAUCGAACUGGGACGACUAGUUGAAGACGAAAGUGUUCUAAUUCACGCAGCAGCUGGUGGAGUUGGACAAGCAUCCAUCAUUAUCGCGCAGAAGAUCGGCGCUAAGAUCUUUGCAACAGUUGGAAGCGUCGAGAAGAAGAAUUUCUUGAUGAAGACGUACGGUUUGAGGGAAGAGCAAAUCUUCUACAGCCGUGACACUUCCUUCUCCCGAGGCAUAUUGAAUGCUACUGGCGGACAGGGUGUCGAUGUUGCCGUGAACUCGCUCAGCGGAGAUGCCUUGCAGGCGACUUUCGAGUGUGUCGCACCCUUUGGUCGAUUCAUCGAAUUGGGCAAGCGAGACAUCAGUCAAAACUCCCGAUUGGAGAUGGCUCACUUCCAUCAGAAUCUCACCUUCUCCUCGGUAGAUUUGAAUAUUGUGAGGGAGAAGAGCUUCAAAAUGACAAGGCGGUUAAUGCGCGAGGCAUUCUACACCUUUGCUAGCACGAAUGCUCAGGCACGUUGGCCUAUCACUGUGCUUCCUGUUUCCGACAUUGAAAGCGGAUUGCGAGCUUUGCAAGGUGCUCAGGUUAUAGGAAAGUUGGUUGUUCAGAUGACUGACGACGCCAAGGUCAAGGUUCACCCGGCAAGGAAGGAGGAGAAGCUCCUACGUGCCGAUGGCACUUAUAUUGUUGUUGGAGGAACCAGUGGAAUUGGCCUCGAUCUCGCCAGCUGGAUGCCCGAAAAGGGCGCAAAGCACAUUGUCCUUGCUUCUCGCAGUGGAGCUUCAACUGAGGCCGCCAAGCAGACAAUUCAAGAUCUCACCCGCCAGGGCGUUACUGUAGAGGUUUGCCGAUGCGACAUUUCUGACCCGCAAAGCGUUGAACAGAAUAUGAUUCCACUGCUAAGCCGAUUGCCCACUGUUCGUGGCGUUGUCUAUGGUGCCAUGGUUCUUCGGGACACUCUCUUCGAAAAACUUACUCACGAGGACUACGAGACAGUCAUGAAACCCAGAAUCCACGGAAUCUGGAACUUACAAAACGUCCUGCAGAGCGCGAGCGUGAAAUCAAGCCUCGACUUCUUUAUCACCUUGUCCUCCGCAGCCAGUUUCGUUGGAAAUCUUGGCCAGUCCCCAUACGCUGCAAGUGGUACAUACAUGGCUGCUCUAGCCGCCUACCCACAAGUCUCCGGUGUCCCAUGCACAACAAUCGAUCUACCAAUCGUGCGCGGUGUUGGAUACCUAUCUGAUGACUCCAAGCGUGAAGAGAUCGCAGCGACACUUGGCACUGACUCUGUAAACGCGACCCAGAUCCGCGGUCUGGUCGCCGCAGCAAUGCGCAACGAAAUGCAAGAAACCUGCGAAGGCCACUGUGUAGUGGGCUUCGAUGGUGUGAAGAAACAAGCUAUCUCUGACCAACGAUUCUGGGUGAACGACACCAAGAUUUCGCAGCUUCUUCGUCUUUCCACACUGGCGGGAUCUGGAGGACUGACUGACGCGGCGGCAUCUAAUGACCAAAUAUCCCCGGCUGCCGCCAUCCAGCUAUGUCAGAACCGUGAGGCAGCUGAGGCAGUUGUUGUCUCCGCGUUGGCAGAGAAGAUUUCCAGCAUCCUCAUGCGUCCUCUGGAGGAGCUGGAUCCUGCCGCCCCAAUCACCGUGUACGGGCUAGAUUCGCUCGUGGCGAUUGAGAUCAGAAACUGGAUCAAGCGUGAGUUGAAGUCGAGUAUGCAGGUUCUGGAGAUUCUGGCUGGUGAUUCCUUGCCUGCUCUUGCGGACCAUAUUCUUCGCAAGUCGGGCGCUCUGACCCCCAAGAUGAAGGCGGAUUGGGGACUGGAUGGCUCUGAAGUGCGGACUGUUCAAGCUUGA